CGCCGGGUACCCGUCAUGCUGAGAUGUCUCGAGAGUCCAGAGAGAGGAGGAGAGAGGGAACAAGACGGAUGACAAUACACCGUUUGAGUCGCCAUCUGAAGGGACGACACGCACGUCAACACGUGGAUGGAUGGACAGAUAGACUGAUGGAGAGGGAGAGACACAGAUUGAUAGGCGGAGAGAGACACUGAGUCAAAGAGAGAGAGAGUUGGUGUCCUUUACGCACGUCACGUCCUGGCCGCUCCAUUACCCAGAGUUCGCAGAGGAGGUGAUGACAGUCUGUGUUUAACUUUAGUUUGUAAAUGUUUCUUUUGGACACUUAAAUGAUUUCUUCUUCUGCCAGCCUGCGGUUGUGUGUGUCUGCUGGGACUGUUUGGUACUACAUGCUGCGAAGCUGCUGCCCCGACCUCCCCUCGGCUUUAGAGCAGGUGUUUUUGACACGGUAACCGUUCAUUAGAAGUGACUCUUUCGAGCGUCUAAUCCGGGAGGACAUGUCGGGACAGAAGCCGGCCUUGAAGAGCGGCGGCUCCCCUCAGAGCCGCUUCCAGGUGGACACGGUGACAGAAGCAGCAGCCGCCCCGGCCUCCACAGAUGCAUCCAAGCCGCCCGAGGAGUCCAAAGGCCGGUUCAGGGUGGUGGGCUUCCUGGAUGCAGGCGCCCUGGGCAGCGCCAUGGAUAUCGGGCUCCCGCCGGAUGUCUUCCACGAGCCGGACACGGUGCGGAGCGACUCGGUCAGCCUCCAUUCAACGGGCACGGGACAUACGCACGUCUCCGACUCCCACUCCAACACCUACUACAUGAGGACCUUCGGACAUAACACCAUAGACGCCGUGCCCAACAUCGACUUCUACCGGCAGACCGCUGCGCCUUUCGGGGAGAAGUGGGGCAGACCGUCGCUGUCGGAGCUGCACGAUGAACUCGAUAAAGAUCCGUUUGAAGACGGACUGGCCAAUGGAGAGGAGCCUUCAGCAGCUGAGGAGGCAGCGGCGGCGUUGGCGGCAAAGAAUGCUAAAGGAGGAACUAUCAAGUUUGGUUGGGUCAAAGGAGUCCUGGUCCGCUGCAUGCUGAAUAUCUGGGGUGUGAUGCUUUUCAUCCGAAUGACCUGGAUUGUUGGCCACGCUGGAAUCGGUCUCACCAUUGCGAUCAUUCUGAUGGCGAGUGUCGUCACCACCAUCACCGGUCUGUCCACCUCUGCUAUAGCAACCAAUGGCUUCGUACGAGGAGGCGGAGCGUACUACCUGAUCUCCAGGAGUCUGGGACCGGAGUUCGGAGGGUCCAUCGGUCUCAUCUUUGCUUUUGCCAAUGCAGUGGCUGUGGCCAUGUACGUCGUAGGCUUUGCAGAGACAGUCGUUGAGAUGCUUAACGAUGUCGAUGCUUUGAUGACUGAUGAGCUAAAUGAUAUUCGUAUCGUCGGGACUCUGACUGUCAUCCUGCUGCUGGGAAUCUCUGUAGCAGGGAUGGAGUGGGAAGCCAAGGCUCAGAUCGUCCUCCUGGUGAUCCUUCUGGCAGCCAUCGCAAACUACUUCAUAGGAAGCUUCAUGUCAAUGGAAAGCAAAGACCCCAAAGGAUUCUUUGGCUACAAUUCUGCUAUCCUUUUAGAGAACUUUGGUCCAGACUUUAGAGAUGAGGAGACAUUCUUCUCAGUGUUCGCCAUUUUCUUCCCUGCGGCCACCGGGAUCCUGGCUGGAGCCAACAUCUCCGGAGACCUCACAGACCCCCAGUCGGCGAUCCCUAAAGGUACUCUGCUGGCCAUUCUCAUCACAGGAAUCACAUACAUUGCCGUUGCCAUCUCUGCAGGCUCCUGCAUUGUCAGGGAUGCCACUGGCGAUCAAAACGACACGGUGAGCGACACGGUGAACUGCACCGACGCCGCCUGCACGCUGGGCUACGACUUCUCCAUCUGCAAGGAGGGAGGCUGUCAGUUCGGCCUGAUGAACGACUUCCAGGUCAUGAGUCUGGUGUCAGGCUUCGGUCCUCUGAUCUCUGCAGGGAUUUUUUCAGCUACUCUGUCCUCGGCUCUGGCCUCGCUGGUCAGCGCGCCCAAAGUCUUCCAGGCGCUAUGUAAGGACAACAUUUAUCCAGGACUGGGUAUGUUUGCAAAGGGUUAUGGGAAAAACAACGAGCCUCUCCGUGGUUACGUCCUGACCUUCUUCAUCGGCCUGGCCUUCAUCCUCAUUGCGGAGUUGAACAUCAUCGCUCCCAUCAUCUCGAACUUCUUCCUGGCGUCGUAUGCUCUCAUUAACUUCUCUGUCUUCCACGCCUCCCUGGCCAACUCUCCAGGGUGGCGCCCAAGUUUCAAGUACUACAACAUGUGGGUGUCUCUGGCCGGGGCGGUGCUGUGCGUGGUGGUUAUGUUUGUCAUCAACUGGUGGGCGGCUCUGGUCACUCUGCUCAUCGUCCUCGCUCUAUACAUCUAUGUCAGCUACCACAAACCUGGUGAGGACAUGAUGAUCUCACAUUUUCUUUGCUUAUUACUAAGAGUAAAUCUGAUUAAUACCAACCACUUGAUGCUGCUUCCAUCAAUGUGUUGCACAAUGAUGCUAGUAACUGCCAACCUACUGUGA